AUGGUAAUCGAGAUUGGUGGUCUGAGUUAUAAGGCCUAUUCUGGACAUGAUGGACUUGCGGAAAAGAGAAAACAGCGUCGGAUACGAACAACUUUCUCGUCGGCCCAGCUGAAGGAGCUCGAGCGUGCCUUUCAAGAAACGCACUAUCCCGACAUUUACACUAGAGAAGAAAUUGCAAUGAAGAUUGAUUUAACGGAGGCCAGAGUACAGGUAUGGUUUCAAAAUCGACGUGCAAAGUUCAGAAAACAAGAGAGAUUGGCCCAACAAAAGUCAACAACGCAAGGCGGAGUAGGAGUAGACAAUGGUGCAUCCAGUCCGGUGACGGGAAGCGUCAAAACCGAAGGACGCUCACCUAGGAGCCCAGCAACACCACCCGGUGGGUCCAACAGUGUUCUUUCCUCCACAGAGGUGAAACCGAUCACUAAUCAGAAUUUAGUGAAUGUUAAACAUUCAGAUGGACAUGGUGAGGACAAUUCACCAAACGUCCGAGGCAGCACCGGUGGUGGAGGUGCGUGGGGAUCUUGCAGCCCUAGACCAUUCUCUGCAGCCCUGCCGCCCUACCUUCUCGAUCCAUUGCCUCUAAAAACUGCAAAUCUGUACUAAUCAAGCUGAUAAACAACCGAUGUAAAUAAACGCUGCAUAUGUAAGGCUGGGUAGGAUUUAACUAGACAUUACGUUCCUGAACCUCUUAGAAUUAGACUGAGCAGACACUAAAAGAAAAUACAGAAAAUGGACUAAUUUUUUACAUUAUUAAAACUGAAUUCACUUUAUUUUCUCAUCGGAUUCUAAUUUUAUACUGCCUAAGAAGCAGAACACUUUAAGCUGUUAAGCUUUCAUAAACACCAAUUUUAAUUGUUAAAUCCUGCCCGGUUUGUGAUACCAAGUGACAAGUAUUCGGCGUAGGUGGUCUCUGCCAUUUCUAAAGUUGCGUUGAAAUUUAAAUUCAUAUUUAGAGUUUUUUUAGCCGUGUUGCUAAAUUAGACCAGAUUUGUUGAACUAAAGGAUUUUCAAAUUGGGUAUUUGCUUUAACCUGUUUAUUGAUCAUAGCCUAACUUAGUCUAAGUAUAACAUGAGGUGUCGUGAUCUUGUAUUCCUUGUUAAAAUCUAUCCGCAUAGGGCGAAUGGAGUUCCAGUGAUAGGCGCUCGCUAAACUUAUAAGUUAGAAGUUAGAAAUUGCGUGGUAGCAACGAGACCAGAAAAUAUUUCAUUGUUGACUUCCGUGCUGACGGACGCCGAAGAAGAGAGGCCGACGCUGAAUCACUCCGCCACUGGUGAUUAACGAAUAAGUAUACAUAUGAUUAAGUAUAUCAUUAUAUGUGACCGGAACUUGUACAGUUGUUGCUAUAAAUAUAUAAAAUUAGUGUUUUACACCAUAUCCGUGCUUACUACCCUUCCCUGCCUUGAGACAGAAUUCAUAGGCUAUUGCUUUACAAUGAAGAGAAUAAGAAAAUCAAAUUCCCUUAGUUAAAAAUCAUUAAAAAUAAACCAAAUAUGGUUUGAACAUUUUCAACUGCUUAAGUUUGUGCAAGUGUCAUCCCAGAGCAAUUCAAGAUACAAAAAGGAGAGUUAAAAAAUCAAAAAUCGUUUGUCGAAGAAGAAAGUUUAUUGUCCAAGGCCGUCAUCUGUCUCAUCGAUAACACUGUCGGAUAUAAAAAAAAAUCGAAAAAGCAGACUAAUGUGUAAUAUUUAGUAACGAAACCUGACGACCGGCAGCGCUCGUUUAAUUCGAGAAUCACAUCGCCACCGGUCGACCCCCUUCUCCUUCGCCCCUGGACAGCGGAAUGUCGAUUAGCCAAACGAAGCAGUCUGUGGACGACUAGCGGCUGUUUCAGUCCUUUGUUUUUAUUUAAUGAUAUAUUUAUUUUAAGUAAUUAUCGCUUUCGCGACGUAGGUACAUAAAAAUAUCUUAAUAUCUUGAUCAAUGAAAUGAUG